CGAUGUAUCCGGAUGUUAGCCGGCUAAGGCCUAUGGCUAAUGCUAAAGCUAAGUAUCGAGAGCAAAAGGUGCAUCAUAUCGCAUUACAACCAUUUUGCUUCCACAAAUGUCAUCUCACAUCCCUAUAACCGCCCGGGCUCAGCCGGCAGCCGCCAGCCAUGCCGCUCCCCGGGGGAAGAAACGGACUGGUGGUCUGGCGGUUUCUGUCGCUCAGCAGGCCGCCGGGAGCUGCAGCAGCAGCAGCAAGAAGAAGAAAGGCCAACUGACAGCGACACCAACAAUACAGACACAGAUAACAGCUGUGGAGUUGGUGGCUGAGGUGAAGCCAGUGGGAACAGUUGAUUGCGGACCAAUUGCCAUCACUGAGUCCACAGCAAAGCCUCCACCCUUCAAAGACCCCACAUUUAUGCAUUCUGGGAUUGGUGGAGCAGCGGCAGGUAAAAAGAACAGGACCUGGAAGAAUCUCAAACAGAUUCUGGCGUUGGAGCGGACUUUACCCUGGAAGCUCAACGAUCCCAACUACUACAGCAUUGAUGCCCCUCCCUCCUUGAAGCCGCCCAAGAAAUACUCUGACAUCUCUGGACUCCCUGCAAACUACACAGACCCUCAGACAAAGCUACGCUUCACGUCCUCUGAAGAGUUCUCCUACAUCCGCCUCCUCCCCACUGAUGUUGUUACAGGCUACCUGGCCCUCCGAAAGGCAACUUGCAUCGUGCCCUGACAGCUGAGCAAGGCUUGAAACCUAAAACAGGUUCAAACCAGAACUUAACUCAUGUCAGUGCAGGAAGCUGUUGGGCUAGCCGGGAGACGCGGAGAGCACAGGACAGAACAGCUGGAGCUCACAGGCCACUGCUGAACAUUUGCACUGCAAGGCAAUCCGAGUCAGAAUUUUUACUGUGUGAUAAAAUAAAGUUUUUCAUUUUUUCAUUUUC